UUCAGAACCUCAAACGUCAUCUAUUCUCCCACUACACGCCCGCUACACGCCCACACCCACACAAACACAACCGCACAAUGGCUCUCUUCGGCAGCGACGCGCCCGCCCCGGCGAACCAGAAGGUGGCCCUGAUCAAUCAGAUCCAACAAGAAGCGGCCAUGAACAACGCCCGGCAACUGAUCUCCAAAGUGAACGAGCACUGCUUCGCGCACUGCAUCCCCCGGCCCGGCUCCUCCCUCACCUCCCGCGACCAGACCUGUCUGUCCCAGUGCAUGGAGAAGUACAUCUCCUUCUGGAACACCACCAGCCGGACGUACGGUGUUCGUCUCGCCAGUGAACAGAAGAAGCUCGCCGGGCAAGACGUCGCCGCCAUGAACGCCUUCGGGACGCCUUCUUCCGAGUAAACAAGAAACCGGACGGAGAUACAAAAUAGGAACCGGAACUGGAACCGGGAACCGGUCGAUGAAUCGAUCGGGUUGGAGUAGUAGUGUAUUACCAUAUCUGUGUAUGGGGAUCGAGUGGAGGAUUAUCUCCCUCCUCCUCUCUUCCCUCUCACAUCUUCUCUUUUGCCUGUCCUGUUGGAUGUUGGAUGAUGAAGAUGAUGAUUGACUCACCUCGCGUUGAAGUUCGG